AUGGCGAGCCACCCAUCUCCCGGUCAGCAUGGCGGUGCUGGGCACAAUUACAAACGUGCAAGUCGCAAAGGCGCGCCACGUCGCUUCGUCUGCGACCACCCGGGCUGUGAGAAGCUGUACUCGAGGGCGGAGCACCUUCAGAGACAUCAACUGAACCACAACCCGAGAGAGAUCUUCAUCUGCGACAUCCCAGGCUGUGAUCAAAAGUUUGUCCGCGCCGACCUGCUUUCGCGACACAAGAAGCGUCAUUCUUCCUCGUACAUCCCGCGGAACCGCGCGCCCAGCUUCAGCGCUUCUGCCGCCUCCGGCGCUGUCUCAUCGCCGACAUCGGCUGGUCUGCCCCGAACGACAUUCCCCCAGCCAUCGUCGAACGGGCCUCACGACGCUGCUAUUCUUCUCACACCAGACUCCAAUGCAACGCCUACGCCUACGACGGCCGGACCAAAUCCAUCCUUGGCGCAGCAGCAUGUGACGAGGAUCGGCCAGCCGUCAACGUGGCCAUCGAUCGACGAUAUGGCCGUGGACAUGAUGCGCCCAAAACCUAACUACUAUGGCCGCGAACAAGUGUCCCUGUCCGAAGCGCCAGCGAUGAUGCCGUCCUUCACCUCCGUCGGCUUCCAGCCGGAUGAGGCCUUGUCAAGGGAGAAUUUCGCCAUGUGGCUGUUUGACCCCCAGGCAAGUUUCAGCGAGUUCAACGGCGUCGCCAACUUGCCUUUCCUCGAAGGCGGUCUCGAGUCAACCUUCAACAACAACAUCCACUACGACUACGAGUCCCUUACGAGUCGGUCGCAGCUGGACCCUACCCCGCCACGGCAAGUGGAAGUCAGCGAUGAACUCAUCAGCGAACACCGCCGGCAGGAGGUCUUGCGGUGGCUUCAGGUUUUCCGACAGAAGCAGCCAAAGUACGAGCCGCGCAUCGUGAGCCUGGUGCAGGAGAGCGGCGGAGACCUGCCUGCGCUGAACCUGGACAUGAUGAGGGACUGCUUGCAAGAGUACUGGAAGAACGUCUCGCCAAGGCUGCCGAUAGUUCAUCAGCCUACCUUUUCGUCCAACCGCUGUUCCAUCUUUCUGUUGAUGGUCAUGAUCGCUCUCGGAGCCGCAUCCCUCAGCAGCAGGGACUCGACAGGCAAUCUGGAGCAGUAUGGAGGGUUCGCUGAUGUGGUCAUCUCUAGCAUUCGAUGGGAGAUCCUCACUGCCGAGGAAGCAUCGCCACCAGUGGGCCUGUACAUCGCCCAGUCGUUGUUGCUGCUCGAGUUCUACGAAAAGAUGUUCUCAUCCAGGCGCAUGCACGAACGUGCGCACAUCUACCAUUCGGCCACUUUGACCCUCUUGAGAAGAGGGAGCCCCUGA